CCUUUCAUUUUACAUCUAUGGAUAAUAAUGGAGUUGGAUAGUGUCCUAAUUCUUGUACUAGUAUUGUCAUGUUCUUGCUUACCACUUUUGUCUAGCCAAAACACUGUUAAAACAGGUGAAUCAAUCACUGCUAGUCAGAAAUUAGUUUCAGCUGGUGGAAGUUUUGCCUUAGGAUUUUUCACUCCAGUAAAUUCUACUUUUAUCUACCUUGGCAUAUGGUACAAUACUAUACCUGGAAAAACAGUUGUUUGGGUUGCUAAUAGAGAAUCUCCAAUCCCUCAGAAUUCUACUGCAGUUUUCACUAUUGGUGAUGAUGGUAAUUUAGUUAUUUUUUAUGAAAAGAAUAAACUCAUUUGGUCAUCAAAUGUUACAGGGGAGUUAUUAACUUCAAAUUCUACUGUUGGGGCAUUGUUAGAUACCGGAAAUCUUGUUCUCAGACAUGGCGAAUCAAAUAAAUUGUGGCAGAGCUUUCAGCAUCCUACUGAUACAUUAAUACCCGGGAUGAGACUCAGUUUUAAUAAAACUAGUGGCCUACGAACCGUGAUCAAUUCGUGGAAGAGUAACCAAGAUCCUCAGCCUGGAAAUUUUUCGUUUGGAAUAGACUCUACUGAAGGGCGUACACGUUUUUACAUUUGGAAGCAUAACGGUAUUUAUUAUAGAUUUGACGAUAGUAGCAAAGGAUAUAUGCGAGGAAUUGCGUCGUAUUUUUCUGUUACUGAUAAUGGAAAUGUAUUUCUUACUUUAGCUCCGCUAAAAUUAAGAGUCGUUCUGAAUCCUAUCGGGUACCUUCAGGUGAUGGUGUGGAAUCGGAAUGGUAGUAAUAAGUGGAAUGUUGAAUUUCAAGCACCACAAGUUAAGUGUGAACUUUAUGCACAGUGUGGUCCAUUUGGCAGCUGUGGGAUCAGAUCAGGUGGAUUAUGCCGAUGUGUAACAGGAUUUGAACCAAAAUUUUCGAAAGAUUGGAUAAAUGGAAAGUGGAAUGAAGGUUGUGUGAGAAAAAGAGCGUUGGGAUGUGAUAGCAGAGAUAGGUUUUUGAAACAUGAGAACAUGAAGUUGCCAGAUCAUGCUAUCUCCUUAGGAAAUAUGAGCAUUAAGGAGUGUGAAACUCAGUGCAUUAGGAACUGCUCCUGCUCAGCUUAUACUUGUUCGAAAAACGCCCGUUUUAUAUGGCUUGGAGAUCUACUGGAUCUUGCAGAUGACUCUAUCAGCCGAAUAUCUCUCCAUGUUCGAGUUCAUGGCUCUGAGCUAAUUACUAAUGGUCUAACUGGGAAUUCAACUCAACGACACAAAAUUCUCAUUGCAGAAAUUGUUUCUGCAACUUUUGCUCUCUUGCUUCUUAUUAGUAUCUUUGCCCUUAUCUUCAAAAGAAAACGCUUGAAAGGACCAGAUAGGAUUGAUGGAAAUUCUGCUUUGGUUAGCUCCAUGCUUAGUGGAUCUUUAGUUGGGAAAGACGAUAUGAAGUUGGUACAGUACAGCAUGCAGAAUAUAAGAGAUGCUACAAACAACUUCCAUGAAGAUAACAAACUUGGAGAAGGCGGUUUUGGCCCUGUGUUUAAGGGGUUUCUGGCUGAGCUCGGAGACGUAGCCAUCAAACGGCUAAGCAGGAGGUCAUCACAAGGACUGGAGGAGUUCAUGAAUGAGUUGAAGCUAAUCGCGAAUUUGCAGCACAAAAAUCUUGUCAGCCUCUUAGGAUGCUGCGUUGAAGGAGAGGAGAAGAUACUGAUCUAUGAGUAUAUGCCAAAUUGCAGCCUGGACAAAUUUCUUUUUGACUCUUCAUUGAAGGUUACACUCAAUUGGGUUACACGUUUCGGGAUAAUAGAAGGAAUCGCUCAAGGAAUGCUUUAUCUGCAUAAGUACUCAAGAUUAAAAGUCAUUCACAGGGACUUGAAGGUAAGCAACAUUCUGCUAGAUCGAGAGAUGAUCCCUAAAAUAUCAGACUUUGGAAUGGCAAGGAUUUUCGGGACUGAUCAAACACAGGCCAGUACAAAACGAGUGGUCGGAACAUAUGGCUAUAUGUCUCCAGAAUAUGUAGUAUAUGGCCAAUUCUCGGAGAAAUCAGAUGUAUUCAGCUUUGGAGUAUUGCUAUUGGAAAUUCUGACUGGUGAACGAAACUCAGACUUCUUCAUGACAGAAAUUUCGGAGUCUCUAUUAGGAUGGGCAUGGAAAAAGUGGAAAGAAGGAAGAAUGUUGGAGUUGAUUGAUCCAUCAAUAAGGGAAACCUGCGACCGUAAUAAGGCAACACGAUCAAUUCUGGUUGCCCUUCUUUGUGUUCAAGAAAUCCCAAUUGAUCGGCCAACAAUGUCUGACAUAGUUGUCAUGUUAAGCAACGAAACAAUGCCCAUCCCUGAACCAAAACAACCUGCUUUUCGCAACAGCGGGCAAUCUCAGCAAUUAGAUGAUUUUUCCAUAAAUGAGAUGACAUUUAGCUUGCCAGUACCUCGAUGAGAGGAUUUAGCUUCCAUAUUUCUCAUGGAAGUAAUCUUAUUAAGGAAAAAACCAUCUUCUCGAAUUCAGUAUCUGCAAUUGUGGUAUACUCUUUUCGUUAUCAGAGAGAGUUUUCAUUUUGUUUGUUGAAAAGGAGAGCUGAUUGGCACUUCCCUCGCCUGGUCUUCAGCUCUCUCAGAAUUUAGCUAUAGGUAAAACCUCAAUAAACCGUAAAGCUCAUGUAUGUUCCAAUUGAUGCUGAUGUGUAUAAUUAAAGGAGUAGACAUAUUUUAUUGAUUAA